GAGUGAAUACAAAGCGAAAUCCAGAUCUGGCCAAGUAUUGUCAAAGGGGAGACCCAAAAACUGAGUAAAGAAGAAGUAACCUUGAAAAAUCGAUUAAAACAAUUAUUUAAAUAAGUAAUUUUCAAAGUUAAUUUGAUUUACAGUAUUCUUUUUAAUAAUGGAGAAACAAAAUAAAGUCAAGUCACGGAGAAAGUUCGUGGAUCCAGUAUUUCAUUUACAAACUAAAGAUGAAGAGAAUCAACACAUCACAAAAGAUGUGAUAAAAAAAGUAAGAAGUACAGGGCAGUUGAAUUUAUCCUCAAGGCAUAUGUCUGAAGUUCCAGACAAAUUGUUUUCAAUAUAUGAAGUUACUAAUGAAAAUGAAAUAAAUGUAGAUUUAAGCAAACCAGUGAAAGAAGAGGAAGCAUGGUGGAAUAUGAAACCUCUAACUCAUCUAGAUCUUAGUUCUAAUGUUUUAAUUCAUUUACCAAAGCAAAUUGGCCUAUUCCAGGACUUAAUGGUUUUAAAUUUACAUGAUAACUUAUUAACCGAACUACCAGAAGAAAUUGGUGCUUUGAGAAAAUUAACAAAACUAUCUUUGAAUCAUAACAAAAUUGCUCAUUUAACACAAGAAUUGUAUAAGGUGGUGGAGCUUAAACAGCUUUUUAUAAGCCAUAAUUGCUUAGAUUCUAUUUCCAAAGAUAUGUCAGAUUUGGUAAUGCUAGAAAAAUUGGAUUUAUCUAAUAAUGUGAUAACAAGCUUACCGUCGGGCAUAGGGUUUCUAGUUAGACUUACAGAAUUUAACGUAUCACAUAAUAACUUGAAGAAUUUACCUCCAGACAUAGUAAAUUUAAGAUCCCUUCUUAAGCUGGAUAUUAGCCACAACAGUAUUACUAAAUUACCUGAUAUGGGAGAGCUCCGAAAAUUACAAAUAUUUUACGCUCAACACAAUGAUAUUCAAGAAAUUCCGGGCUUCUGCGGAUGCGAACAAGUUCAAGAGAUAUAUUUUGGAAAUAAUUACAUAAAGGAUAUCCCAUUAGAGUUUUGUGAUAAUAUGAAACAUUUGAAAAUACUAGAAUUAAGAGAUAACCAAAUUAGCAGUGUACCUGCUGCAAUUACAAAAUUGAUCAAUUUAAUCAAAUUAGAUUUUACCAAUAAUGAUCUCGAAGAAUUACCAAACACGAUAGGUCUAAUGCCGCACCUGUUAUCGUUAAAAAUUGAUGGUAACAGAUUAAAACUAAUAAGACCUGACAUUAUUCAUGCUGGUACCAACAGAAUUCUUCGACAUCUAAAAGAGAAAAUUAGUGAUGAAGAUUUAAAGGCACUUCACAUACCUUCAGAUGUAUCACUUAAUAGCAGAAUUUUUCCUAAUCGGUAUACUAUGAGACAUGGUAAUUUUCUUAAUUUAGCAAAGAAAAAUAUAUCUGAAAUACCUGAAGAAUGCUUCAUUGAAGCAAAAGAAGCCAAAGUUACCUGUGUAGAUUUGUGUAAAAAUAAAUUUGUCGAUAUUCCUGCUGGAUUACAAAUACUAUCCAAUACACUAACAGAAUUAAAUAUUGCUUCAAACAAAAUAAGCAAAGUACCAGAGUUUUUUAUGAAUCUUACGAUAAUAAAGUAUUGUGAUUUGAGUGGUAAUCAACUGAACGAUUUACCGGACUGUUUAUCUAAUCUUGUCCAUAUGCGAGAAUUAAUAUUAAGUAAUAAUAGAUUUAUUAAAAUCCCAAAUUGUAUUUUCCACAUGAUUGGUUUAGAAAUUCUUUUGAUGAAUGAUAAUAGUAUUGAAGAUAUCCCUAUAGAGGAUUUAAAAUUAUUAAAAAGAAUCGCUACAUUGAAUUUGAGUAACAAUAAUAUAAAUUUUGUUCCACCCGAACUUGGAAAUAUGACGCAAUUAAAAUGCAUCUAAUUUUUUACUGACGAUCCAUAUAGGUGAACUCCAAGGGGAAUAUGAUGCUCUUAUUAUUCCUUUUUCUAACAUUUCGUUGAUCUGUUUUUGUACUUCUUUUUUGUGUAUGUAUGGGUAUCUAUAAGACUUUACAUGUACGGGAAUUUCUUCUGUUGUCUUUAUUGAAUGUUUGUUAGUGGAUCUCCUGGCUUUAGAAAAGUAUCGGAAAAUUUCUUACAUAGUUUAAUUAUAUUGUUCCUUUCUUCCUCAUUCAUGUGACUAGUUCGAAUUAGUUUACUUAUAUCUAUUUUAUUUUUUUGCCGAUUAUAAGUUUCUUGCCUAUUAUGAUUUUCGUUAAUUAGUUUUUUAUCUUCUUUUGAAUAAUUAAAAUUGUGAAUUUCGUAUUGAUUUAUUUCAAAUGGUUGAGCUUUAAGGGGUUCAUUUAAAGUUAUAGGUAUUGUUUUAAAUGAUUCAUUUAUAAUCUCAACUAUAGCAUAACCAUUUCGAGCUAUUGUUAAUGUUUCUGGAAUAUAUGCUUUUCCUAAUUGUGUUUUGUUUAUUAAUAUUUCUCCAUUUAAUACAUUUACUGGUACAGACUUUAAUAAUUUUUCAGUCGGUCCAAUGUCAAAUGAGAAUUUUAUGUCAGUUGGUUUUCUAAAUUUUAUUGCAAUUGAAACGUUUUUAUUAUUUAAUUGUUUGUUAGUAAAAUCAAUAUUCAAUUUCAAUAUAAGGUAAAGGGUUGUUUGCGGCUAUAUUUAUUUCAAUUACUUUUAAUUUUUCUUCCGAGGCUCUUUCCGAAAAUUUACAAUUCGAUCAUUAUCUUCGUCGCGUUCAAACAAAUGGUGAAAAUCAAUUAUUUCUUCUUCUUCUUUAUUUUUGUAAUUGUUAUUAUAUAAUUCUUCCGAAGUAAAAUUCGGUUCAUUUCGUGAUUUGAAAUAUUUGUUAUUAUUUGUAUUAUUAUUAUUAUAAUUAUUAUUAUUAUAAUUAUUAUUUAUACGUCUACUUGGUCUAGGUAAACGAUUUACAGGUAUUUGGUUUGGGCGGAAAACAUUUUUCCUAGAACCAAAUACUUGUGCAUUCGUUGGGUAAUUUUGUCUUCUUUGCGGUAUUGGAUUUACGUUUAUUGGUUGACUAGGGAAAUUAUUAUUGUUGUAAUUAUUGUUAUUAUUAUUAUUAUAUCUUUCAUUAUAAUAGUUAUUAUUAUUAUAUCUAUCAUAAUUAUUAUAUUUGUCAUAAUUGUUAUUAUUAGGUUGUCGGUAGAAAGAAUUAUAAUUGUUAUGUUGAUUAUUUCUUGAUGAAUUCAUUUGAACAUUGUUAUUAUUAUUAUUAUAUUUAACUUUAGGUUCGUAAAAUUGACCAUAAAGUUUUUCAAAAUUUUCAAACUCGUCUACAUAAGCCAUAGCGUCCUCUAGAGAGUUAGGCUUUUUUAAGUACAUAUUGUUACGUAUAACGCCUGAACAUCCCGCAAUAAAGGUAUUCAAAGCUGUUUUCUCACAGUGAUUAAUUUGACAUCUUUUAUCGAUUUCUCCUAAGUUUAAAUUAUUACUUAUAAUUUGUAUAGUCUGACUUUUUAAUAAUUGCAAUCUGUUACCAAAAGCUAUUAAAUUUUCAUUUUUAAAUGGUCGUGUUCUCGUUAAUUCUUGUAAAAUACAAUCCAAAUCGCGCCUAUCUGCAAACAUUGAAUCAAGGCUUCUUUUAAUUUAAACCAUGUAUUCAACUCAAUUCUAUUUCCCACCAUUAACUCGGCUUUAUCUAUUAAUUUUUCUUGAAUGCAUUCUAAUACGUGAUUAUUAAUAUCUUGAUCGUUAUAAACUGAAUACGUCUCUAUAAGGUUCUCACAUCGAUUUAUAAAUUUAUUUAAUGUAUUUUUAUUUCCAUCAUAAGGUUUAAUAUUCUCUAACUUUAAUUUAAAUAAAUCCCAAUUUAGGGUUUUUGGGUUUGAAGUUGUCAUUUUUAUAUAUUCUGAAUUAUCUUCUAAGUUUAAUUCACUGAAUGUAUUUAAUAAUUUAUCAAAAUCGUUCAUAAAAUAAUAUAUUUAAAAUUAUUAAAUAAUCUCUUCCCUAUUCAAAGUUCUGAUAAGGAUGGAUAAUAAGGAAUCAAAAUAAUGAGACUUGGCACUUAAUAGCUAUCUGAAGUCCUGCCCCUCGUUGAAUACGUAGAUCUAGUGCUGAGGUACUGGAGUACUUAGCCGGAACUUUAUCGUACUUUGCGUAAACUCGCGACCGCAUUAAUCCGAAUGACUGCGCCAAUUAUAAAUUUCGGGUUUCGAAAAUUAUUUUUAAAAAACUUUAUUUUUGAAUAUUUAUAUGAAUACAAUUAAUCUCAAGAUCGAACUAAUUAUAAACAUUAAAUAUCAUCGAAUUGUUUACAAACAUCUUAUUUAUAGUAAAAUAGUGCUGAUACAUGUUUACGUUAUUUGAUACAAAAAUACAAUAAAUGCUGAUACAUGUUUAUGAUAUUUGAUACAAUGGUAUUGUUUUAAAAAUGUCCUUCAGAAAUUCUUCGCAUGUAACUUGCAGAAGUUUUUUCAUGUGCAUGACUCAACGCCCAAAUAAUCUCUGCCUUUGACACACUUUCUUUCGACACAUAAUUAUUCAUCGGUUUAAUCAAAUCAUUUUGACCGCACUUGUCACACCGGUUACAGCUUGAUGAGUUUUCCGAGCUAAGAAUAGCUUCUGCUGGCGCGUUUUGCGAGGUAGACGGCAUUGGCGGUGUCGUUGAUUGCGACGAUGAAAGUAAAGUCUGAACAUUCUGACUUGUAUUUUUUGCGGUUACACGUUCUUUAUGUUUUUUUCCUUUGGCGUGAGAUCGCAAAGCACAAACACCCAUGUGAGAUAUAUCAACAACCGUAUUAUUAGUCUACAGCACGCUUCAGAAUCAAGUUUUGUCUUUUUUACCCAGAAAAAUUCAGGAUGUAACUCCUUAUUUAGCCAGUCGUCUUGAAACUUACACGUACCUAUACCCAUUUUUCUUUUCACAAAUAAAGAUAUAGCACUGAAUUAGUUACACAAGAAAAAAAAAAGAAAAAGACGAUUCCUCCAUGUCAAAAUUAUGAGCAUGUUACGUCUUCGAGUUCGAACGAGUAUAGUGUUUGCCCUUCGUUAGAAUCAAGUCGCCGCAAGUUCACCCGAAUGUCACGUGUUUUGACACAUGUAUGCUCGGCUCAUUUUCCGAGAAUCGAAAAAAAAGUUGUUUACAGUUUUGUAUUGUGACUAAGGCAUAUCAUUCUACGUAUUUCUAAAAAAUAAUAUUUUCAUACAUGCUUCAAUAUGUGUACAUAUGUAUAUAUUUAUAUUCUCAGAAAUCGAACUGGAGUUUUUUCAGAAUAUUUUAUGAUGUGAAAGUAAAACUUUGAUUUUCAUAAAAAAGAUAUUUUCAAGGAUGCUUCGAAAAAAUCAAGGAUAUUUCCAGGUUUUCCAGGGUAAAAUUGAAAAUCGAGGACAUUUCAAAGUUUUCAAGGAGCGCUAGACACCCCGAACAUUAUCAAAUUUAAAGGUUUGAAAUACCUCUUGAGCAUCUUGUUAUGUACCCUGUAUAUAUAUCGGCCACUCAGAUAUUCUUUAACACAUUCCUUGAUAGAAAUAAAACACUCGUAUCCUUCGCUAGUCGUCCACAAGUUCUCCCUUCUAUCAUUCCCGAAUGACUAACUUGUGUUCGAUAAUUUUUAUUCUUAUUUCACAAACAUUAUUAUGCAACAACUUGAUAACAAAUAAUUAGUAAUAUACAAAACGAUAUGUCACAUCUCUCACUUUUUUUUUCCAAUACAACAAUAUAUAAUAAAGCAAAUAAUUUAUAUAAAUCUAAAUGCUAAAACUAGUACUAAAUUAAACUAGAAACCUCAACUCUAUGACAUAGAAUCAUGUUUAAACCAAAGUGACUAACAGUAUACAUAACUUUACUACUUACUACUUAGUUUAAUUACAAAACAAAAUAUAUACUAAUGUAAUAAAUAAAAGACUUUAUAUAAAAUGUAAAUACUAAUCUAACUAGAAAACUUUAAACCUACAACAUAGUAUCAUAUUUGAAACAAAGUAACUAUUUGUAUAAUCAAAACUCCUUACAAUAUUUUCAUAUACACUAAGGUACAUAGGCCCAUAAAUCCUGGCAUCCCACAGUUAUGUUUAUUUAAAAAUUAUUUUUUCCGAGUAUUAUUAUUAUUCUUAGUCUUCUGAGUUUUCUUUAUUUGUUACUUGCCAGUGACCUUCCACUUUCUUUAAGUGGACUAUAUGCCUUCUUUUUUCUUGUCCAGUUUCAUUAUCUUUUAUAAGGAUGUCUCCUCCCUUCUUAUUAAUUACAGUUUAGCGGCUGAAUCAAAAUUAAGGGUGACCUUGUUUGAUUUUAUAAAAUAUUUUUGAUAUACUUGAUCUCCGAUAUUAAUAUCUGUAUUUUCUGAUGCUUUUCGUUUUAAGUUCUCGCAGUACCUUGCUUUUUCUUUUUGUGUUUGGUCUCUGUCAACUGUGUCAUCAUCUAAAAUGCUGUGUUGUGUAUCGGUGCUACUGGGAAGCUUAUCUCGAAAUUGGCGCCGAAAGAACAGUUCACUUGGAGUUUUUCCAGUUGUCGUAUGAGAAGUACUGUUAUACAUCAUUAAGUAAUUAAUAAGUUCUUCAUGCCAAUUAGUUUUAAGUGCCAUAUUGAUCUUCAGUCGCUUCAGGAUAUCACGAUUUUGACGUUCCACCUCGCCAUUCAUUUGUGGCCAGUAAGGAAUAGAAUAAUAAAUUUUUAUGCCAUUUUCAUUACAAAAUGAUUUGGUUUCCUCGCUGGUAAAUUGCCUUCCAUUGUCGCAGGUAAUAAAGGCUGGAAAACCUAACCUUGAAAAUAUUUGUGUGUUUUGAUGGUAUUUGCUGCUGUUAUACUUUUCAUGAUUUUAAUUUCCUUGUAUCUACUAAAGUAGUCGACUUCUACAAAAAGGUGAUCUCCGCUCGGUAAAGGCCCCAUAAAAUCCACAGCGACAUCUAUCCAUGGUCCUGUAGGGAUCUGUCUUUUUUUCAUUGGAUAAGAAGUAGUUAGUGCUGAUACUAACGUACAGUCUUUACAAGCCUUUGUUAAGAACCCGUUACGGUUUUAGGUUGUCACUAGAUUUAACAUCCUCCAAAUAAAAGGUUUAUUGAUUUUUGGUCAAAAAUAUAACAUAACGUGGUGAGUGAAAAACUACUAGCUAACCUUACAAUUAAUACAUCAUGUCGCGCCAAAAGUGCCAAUGAAUGGAUCAUUGACAAACUGCAUUGUUGCCAACUCUAUAAUUUAUAAAAUCUCAACACUCCUCCUCGAUUUGACAUGUAUUAAUGAAAAUCGCUCAAUCAACUUAAGAUAUUAUGUAAAAUACAACUAAAAACAUGAAGCUUUAAAUUAUACAUAUUUUGUCUCUAAGCUUUGUAAAGAGUUCUGUACCUAAUGAUUUAGUAAACAUAUCGGCCAAAUUUUGUUCACUUGA